AUGUCCCAAUUGAAACGAUUUCCUAAAUGUUAUUGGAUAUGGAAUCACAGAAUAUGGUGCUUAAAUCAGCUACAAGCUACAAAUGAAGCAAAUUGGGAUGUCGAAUUGGCUAUCGUUUCGAAGUUACUUGAAAUGGACAGCCGAAACUUUCAUGGAUGGCAAUACAGAAGGUAUUUGGUAGAAAACAUACAGAAAAAAGUUGCGAGGGAGUAUGAUAAUCAAAACCAUUUAGAGAAAUUGGCACAUUUAAGGAUAGAUAUCAAAGAGUUUGAAUAUACUACCGCAAAAAUUAAUAAGAAUAUAUCCAAUUUUUCAGCUUGGCAUAAUCGUACAAAACUCGUUCCUAAAAUAUACCAUGGUCUUAAGGAGUUAGACGAUAAAAAUGAAUUUUCAGAUAUUAGCCAUUUGUUUCAAUCUCCUUAUAGUAUUAUGGUCCAUGAUCUAGAAUUGAUCAAGACUGGUAUGUACAUGGAUCCGGAGGACACUUCCGUGUGGCUCUAUUUAUAUUGGUUAAUUACAGACAAAUUUUUUUUGGAUGAUUUACGAAGCUCUACAAAUGAAAGGACAACCUAUAAAGAUAUUCUUCAAGAACAGUUAAAAUUAAUCGAAGAAUUGAAUGGACUAGAAAAAGAUGAUAACGGAUUGGAUAACUGCUGGUGCUUAAAAA